AUGAAAUUCGCAACGCUGCUUUCCUUCUCCUCUUUGGCCACACUGGCCUACGCCGUUCCAGCAAAUGAGAAUAGCGGCAACGAAACGGACAUACCCUGGGGUGCGUUCCCAGUGUCGUCGGACCCCAUUAUGCCACUUCCACUUCCCACUCCAACCCCGACUCAAACACCCACAUCUAACAGCGUCGGGAACCUCGGACGAGCCAUGAUUGAAAAUCACUGCAGUGUGCCAAUCUACAUCUGGUCUGUAGGAUCGACCCUUCGGCCCCAAGCCACAGUUCUCCCAAAUGGGAGUUUCUUCGAGACCUAUCGCCAUGACCCAGAACGCGGCGGCAUUGCGCUCAAGAUCAGCACUGUGCACGAUGGUCUGUACACGAGCUCGCCCAUGACGGUUUUCGCAUACAAUUUGGCCGAUGACAGUGUCUGGUACGACCUGUCCGACGUGUUCGGAGAUCCAUUCGCGGGGCACCCAGUUACCCUGAAUCCAUCGGAACCUGAGAUUUACUGGCCAAAUGGGGUUCAACCUAGUGGAAGCAUGGUUCGAAUGCGGGAUGCGUCAGGGGAUCUAAUUCUGACGCUGUGUUGA